GAUGGCGGCGCCCAUGAACAGUUUUGUGCUCACGUGUUGUUGUUAGCCGUCGUGCAGAUUUUCGCUGGAACAUUGCAGUGCUGGGUAACGUCAGGAGAAAGUAGAUCAUCAAAUUCCAAGCAGAUGUUGGGGUUUGCACUAAGAGUAAGACCCUUUAGAAUCCACCUCCAACGAGCCAUCCAUCAACUACUGUCUUCUACUUCAAGCUGCAAGGCCAAACCAUCUCUGAGAAUCCUCGGUAUCAGGCAGGCGAGCGUCACUUCUUCAACCAUGAAGCUUGAUACGCCAGAGUUCCACGCAGUCUUCACUCCGGAGUUGAGGCAGCUGGCGGAAAUCUUUGAACAGAACAAUUAUGAGUUGAGGAUCGCUGGUGGGGCAGUCCGGGAUCUCCUCAUGAGGAAGCAACCUCAUGACAUUGACUUUGCCACCACGGCCACACCCACCGAGAUGAAAGACAUGUUCGAACGAGAAGGCAUCCGGAUGUUGAAUACCAAGGGAGAGCAGCACGGCACCAUCACGGCAAGACUCAACAACAAGGAGAACUUUGAAGUGACUACCCUUAGGGUGGAUCGAGUGACAGACGGCCGACACGCCGAGGUGGAAUUCACAAAGGAUUGGAGAACCGAUGCUGAGAGGAGGGAUCUCACCAUCAACUCGAUGUUCCUCGCUCUGGAUGGUACAUUGAUUGACUACUUUCAAGGCAAGGAGGACUUGGAAAGAUGCAAGGUGGCAUUCGUUGGGAACGCAACAUCAAGAAUACAAGAGGACUACUUGCGUAUCUUGAGAUACUUCAGAUUUUACGGCCGCAUCGCCAAGGAGCCCAAUUCACACUGCUCUAAGACCCUACAAGCAAUCAGAGAGAAUGCUGAGGGUUUGGCUCGAAUCUCAGGAGAGAGAAUUUGGCUGGAGUUGAAGAAAACGGUCACUGGAAAUCAUGCUGCAAGUCUGAUGGAAUGCAUGCAUGAUCUGCAACUCACACAGCACAUGGGUUUACCAUCGGAGACAAAUAUCACAAAUUUCCGUCGUGUGUGGGAGCGUUCGCAAUCCAUGGAGCCCAAACCAAUGACUCUCCUUGCAUCAUUGCUCAAAGAACAGAAAGAAGUCUUACAACUUGAGGCCCGUCUUAGAAUGUCAGCAGAUGAGAGGAAAACGGCUCUGUUCAUUAUCGCAGAGAGGGACGACAAACAUUAUGAAAGCGAUCCAUUAAAGCCGUACAAAGACAUUGUUGUUUCACUCCAAGGCAAAGAGAAAGGAGUCCUCACGUACACUCUUGAGGUUCUAAAGUACAGAGGAGAGCAAGAACUCUACGAGAAACUAAAGGAGUGGGAGAUUCCAAAAUUCCCCGUCUCUGGGAAAGACUUGAUUGCCGCUGGAGUGCCCAAAGGGAGAAGGUUUGGGGAGUAUCUGGAGAGACUGAAGGAAAGAUGGAUGGAGCGGAACUUUGAGACAAGCAGAGAAGAGUUACUAGAGAUGGUUCAAGAAUUAUUAGAUUGUAAAGAUGGUCAAACAUAGGACAGUGUUACAAUCUAGGCUUUUCCUGAGUUUCAUUUUUGAGAGGGCAAGGCCAUUGUCAUUUUGGAAAGGGCACUUCUUUUGGAAAAUCUUAGUGUCUAUGGGUAGCUUCUGAAAGGAAGGCCAAGACCAGGGGCAACAGAGGCUUGCGUGGCCUCAAUGUAAUAAUUCCAGGCUUGCAAAUCAUGGCUACGGAUAGGGCUUAGAUCAUACUCAUUUUCUUGGUGAGGCAUCUUGUUGGUUUCUUUCACUUGAAUCAUUGUUCCCAAAACCAAGGCCGAAAGAAUAAAUUAGUCUGGCCUCCCAUCAUAGUAUACAAGACAAGUCUCAAAAUUGCCCAUGGCACCCACAGCAAUUGCCAUGGUGCCCUGUACUUUUGCUGUGGUUUUACAAUACAAUUUACAUUUCCUCGUGGGGGUGACCCUUAUCAUGGGAAAAGGGCUGUGCUCCUUAAAGAUGCUACAUCAGAUUUUUUGCCCCAAACAUAAAAAAAUAUAUAUUUUUGAGUGAAUGGUAUUUCAAAGAGUAUCACCCGCU